AGCAGCUCGGAUAAAAUACAAACGCAAAAUUUUCAUUUUGGCUGAACCGGACACAUCCAAAUUGUUGUUCCUUUUCUUGUUACCACUUCCUACAAAAUUGCUGAGUGUAUAUUAUGUGACCUGAAAUCCUUUAUGUUAAUGUGCACUUAACUUAGACGUUCACAACUUUCAACCUCAUCCGCGGCAAAUCUAUGUGUUGAAAUGGCUGCAGGGUAGGCUCAAUUGUUCUAGAUUGACCUGUCCCAUACCAAUUACAAGGACGGUCACCAGACACAAACGGAAUAGUACAACGAUACGAAAUGCCAGACGCUCCGCUCGACGAAUAUGACGCCUGGCUGAACCACAUAACCUUGCUGUCCCAGCCACGGCAGUACCGUCCACCACCGGACACCCGACUGCCAUGGAACAAGUCAUUUCAGUUAAUGGAGGAAAACAAUGGCCCCUCUUUCGCUCGGAUAUAUUACAUCGCUCGGGCGAAGAGAGUGGUCGGGAUGGAGGUUCACACAAGGAGCACCGACGAGGUGAUUCAUGUGCCCCGAGCCGCCCUGAAGUACAACAUUACCGACCACAUGCUGCAGAUGUCCCAGCCCAAGAAGGUGUACCCGCUGGAUGUGAACGAGCCGUGGCGGCUGAAGGGGCGAUACAAGCUGUCGGAGCGAAUGGACGCCAUAUCGAAGCCACGUAAAGCGUACCCGAGCACGGACCGGCCAGCCAGCGAGAUCGGCCACCCGCCGCGAGCUGCGCUGUACGGUUCGCCACCGUCUCGGGCUGCCAGGUCGGCCGCAUCCAGGCCGCCCCCGCCGCCGCCGCCACCGCCACCGCCGCCGCCGCCGCCCGCCGCUAAGCCAAGCGUUCCUGCAGCCACCUCGUCCAGUGCGGGCCCCGCCACGUCCACCACCGGUCCCAGCACGUCCACCACCGGUCCCAGCACGUCCACCACCGGUCCCAGCACGUCCACCACCGGUCCGAGCGCUUCCGCCACGGGUCCGAGCGCUUCCACCACGGGUCCGAGCGCAUCCACCACGGGCCCGACCGGGACGUCGUCGGCCACAGGCGCAACGGGCACCUCCUCUUCUACGGGCGCCACCUCGUCCGGCUCGUCCACCACGGCCGGCGCCACCUCGUCGGACGAGUCGCCGCCGUCGGACGCGGCCCCGGUCGAGGACGCCGCGCCGGUUGAGGACGCCGCACCGGUCGAGGACGCCGCCCCGGCCGAGGACACCGCGCCAGAUGAGUGAGGCCCGGCCCCGGAUGAGUGAGUUCGACUCCGGGCACGUGAGACCCAGCCCCACACGGGUGAGCUCGAUCUCGGGUGCGUGAGACCCGGCCCCAGAUGAGUGAGCUCGACUCCGGGCGAGCGAGGCCCGGACCCGGACAAGUAAGGCCCGGCCCCGGACGAGUGAGGCCCGGACCCGGACAAUGGGGCCCAGCCCCGGACGAGUGGGGCCCGGCCCCGGACGAGUGGCGCCCGGCCCCGGACGAACAACGCAUGCCUCAUCAUCGGCGACGAUGAGGUAGGGUUGAGCAGACGCGAGAAGCCCGGACGGUAGACUCGGGUCGGCUGGCUGCGAAAUGGGGCGACGGCACGACCGCUGGCACGAAAUGGAGCGACCCCGCUCGAUGCUCUACGGACUGCGGAGCAGGAGCGGAGCAGAACAGGCUGAUCGCCAAGAGAUGACCGGAGACGGAGCGGCGUCUCUGCAGGCCCCUAUCACGGUUUAAGCAGGAGUGGCACCAGCCCGCUCCCCGCUCUGGCAGGCAAGCGUGGCAAUCGAGCGUCCUUAGGACGGCCGAGGCGUGCCAGGCAUCGCCCAGGAAGCCCGAGGGACGCUGCCCCUGCCGACGCCUGAGGGAUUCAGCAACUACAGAUGGGCUGUGUGACGAGUCGCUGAAGAUGAUGGUGAUGAGGAGGAGGAUGAUGCUCCUCUGUCCCUCUAAGAGGCACCAGCCGGGCGCUACGUUUGCGGUCAUGAUGUAUUUUCUCCCAUGUGAUCAAGCGAGGGCCGUCUGAGAUUGCCGUCGUGAACGCGUCGGGGGUGCCGAGCCGCUAUUGUGACGGCUCGGGUCAAGUCUGUAGUGUCUGUGACAGCCGGAAGUCGGUAACAGCACUGAAGUCCAGUUUGUCCGGCCGGGGACUCGUCAGUGGCUAAGCCUAACUCGCGACACUCGAGGGUGCGCGGACGGCCGUCGUGGCCAGGCCAGGCCCAAAGCGGUGCAAACCAGGCCAGGCACCUGCCGGCGACUGUGGGGCCGCGCGGACAGCCAGCGCCGUGACGUCACCAGGCCAAACGGAGGACGGCGGACGCGGAUGGCGCGGCGAGAGGCGGCGCUCUGAAGCGGUGGACGCGCGUCAGUCGCCGACCGCGCGUCUGUGCCCGGCGUCGUGGUCUGCGCGCUUGGCGAGGUCGCGAAAUAUGUGCGCGGGCGGCGACGCAGAGCUGACGGUAACAGGGUACCGCGUGUGAGUAAAAUUUAGUGUGAUGUCAGCAAAGUUAUCUCAGUCGUACGCAUUCAGACAACUGGAUGAGUCUACAUAAUAUAGACAGUAAAAUAUCAUCAAAAUUUAUUUCUGGCUUAAUGCAUAUCAUAUUGCGUGUUG